AUGGGGAGGUAUUACUUUGUGAGCAUCUUCAUCAUGGCGAGCCUCUUGUGCUCCAUCCGCGUUACAGCAGGAGAUUUCUGCCGCCACCCUCCACGAUGCGGUUGUCAUCCUCCUAAGUGCGUGCCGCCUAACCCUGCUCUCAAUACCAGCGAAGUGAAGCCUCCUCUCAGCCCCAGGUCGACAACUGCAGCAGAGGAGCCUGCUAACAAAAAACCACAGUUGGUACUUCUAGAUCAUGGCCUCUAUAAGGAGCUUGACGUGUCUACUAGGACUAACUAUGCUGCUCUUUGGAAGGAAAAUAGUGUGAAGCUGGGAGCAGGGGAGGACCUUUGUGCGCUAUUUGCAGGAAUUUUGACCAUGAGGCCACGGAAUAGAGUUGUUGAUCCAGCUAUUGACCAUUUGGUUAUACAAGGCAGCGAUAGUGAACGUUCAGAUCUACAGAUGUACGCAUCUCAGUAUUUCUCAGAGAUCUCAGAACUUCUGAGAAGACUGCUUCGAGUAAUUCUGCUGAUGCUGAAGACAAAUGACUGUCUACGAUCUGUAAACAUUGCGCUGGGAUCUUCACUGGAGACAUUUCUUAUCAUUGGGAAGAUAUCUUCAAAAGCAGUUCUUGAGGCAAAGAAGUACGAAACAAGAUCUCUCGUACGCCGGUUGAGCGUCUGGUUGGAGGAAAUUUCGGUGGAAGCUCGUCUUCUCGCAAUGCAGUUGGCCCUGUGGCUUUUACAUCUUAGAAAAGCUUUGCCAUGGUGA